AUGUCCGUCCUUCCCCAAGCAGAUAAAAUAACUCAUUCGAUAGGUACGGCGAGGGAUCGUAAGUUUCCGAAUAUCCUUACCCGGGGGAUCGAAAUUUUUUUCGAGGGGACGCGCCCCAUCGGAAUUCCAAUCCCUCGAAAUGACUAGCCCAUCGAAACUUAAAUUUCCAACCCUCUACAGUUUUUCGAACCAUCGAAACCGAUCGGAAUAUUCGAGGGCUCGA